CGGCCAAAAUUAAAGAUCUUGAAAAAAAGGAGAUGAUUAUGGCUGCUGAAAUUAAAGAUCUUAAAAAAGAAGUUCAAGAUCUUACGACAGAAAACAAUAAGCUUAGGACAAUUUUAGAUUAUUUUAAAAAUGAUAUUAAAAAGAUUA